AUGAAGCUCACUUCCAUUGCCAUCGCGGGCCUUGCUGGCUACGCUGCUGCCAUGCCGGCUUUCAACUUCUUCCCCGGCCCUCCCCCUCCUGACUCAAGCUCGCUGCCUCCUCCCCCUCCUCCCAGCGAGACUCCUUCCGUGGUCGCCAGACAGUUCCCUCCUGGCCCGCCUCCCAGCGGCACCCCCAGCGGUCCUCCCCCUCCUCCUAGCGCUACUCCCAGCGAUGUCGUGUUUGAGAAGCGUCAAUUCGAGGGACUUCCUCCUCCGCCUGCUAGCAGCACUCCUAGCGGUACUCCCAGCGGACCUUCUCCCCCUCCUAGCGCAUCUCCAACCUUUGCUCCUCUGCAGGAGCGCCAGUUCGAGGGUGUGCCUCCUCCCCCGCCUUCCGGUACCCCCAGUGGACCUCCCCCUCCUCCCAGCAGCACGCCGGUUGUGGAGGAGCGUCAGUUCGAUGUGCCCCCUCCCCCUCCUUCUGGUACUCCUAGUGGAACUCCUCCCCCUCCUAGCGCUACUCCCAGCGAUGCUGUGUUCGAGAAGCGCCAGUUCGAAGGAGUCCCUCCCCCGCCUCCCAGCGGCACUCCCAGCGGACCUCCUCCGCCCCCAUCCGCCUCUGCCACCCCUUCUUUCUUCUAG